AUGACGCGCCUCGGCACAUGGAGGGCCACGUACCUCGUCUCCCUAUCAUGUGUCGGCUCAUUCCUCUUCGCCUACGAUACGGGCAUCGUGGGCGGCGUCCUGACGCUGGAUUCCUUUGUGCGCGACAUGGGGUUUAGCGACAAGGAGCGAGACAAUGUCACCUCGCUGUCGGCCAGUCUGCUGCAAGCCGGAGCCUUCUUCUCGUGCUUGUUCGUCUGGCCAUUUACUGCGCGCUACGGUCGCCGAUGGUCUCUCGUCGUAGGAUCGCUCAUAUUCAACAUUGGCGCCGUACUGCAGCUCUUCUACCAGCACGGAAUCGCCACAUGGUAUGCCGGACGGACGAUAUCAGGCAUUGGCGCAGGCAUUGCGACCGUCAUCAUCCCCAUGUACUCGGCCGAAAUGGCGCCCAAGGAAAUUCGUGGCCAGCUCGGCAGUCUCUUCCAAUUCUUCUUCACCCUCGGCGUGGCUGUCAGCUACUGGGUCGAUUACGGCGCCGCGCAACAUAUACCGUCGUCGACGAGACAGUGGCGAGUCCCUGUUGCCUUGCAGCUUGUGCCUGGUGGUAUAUUGGGACUGGGAAUGUUUCUGACAAAGGAGAGCACGAGGUGGCUUGCUCAGCGUGAUCGGCACGAGGAGGCUUUGGAGUCGUUGAUAUGGGUGCGAGGAGGGGAUAGCACAAAGGUGCGGAUGGAGUUUCAAGAGAUUGUGGCGGGCAUUGAGGAGGAGGAACGGCAGACUGCUGGGGUCACAUGGAGGGAAUACUGGUUGCCAGCGAAUCGGUAUCGCAUCUUCAUUGCCGUCACUCUGCAAAUUGGCGCUCAACUGACGGGAAACACACCUCUGGCAUACUUUUCGCCCCAAGUCUUUCAGGCCGUCGGCGCCGGUCAAAACGCCCUCCUACUCAGCGGCUUCUUCGGCGUAUGCAAGGUCAUUAGCUGUGCAUUUUUCUUGAUCUUCCUUGUGGAGCGCAUAGGCCGCCGAUGGUCUCUGCUCGCGGGGUCGUUUCUGAUGGGCACUUAUAUGUUCAUCAUCGCAGUGCUGACGCAGCGAUAUCCUCCCGUGAGCGGCGGGACGCUGACGCCGCCGGCCAUUGCGUCUCUGACGAUGGUUUUCCUAGAAGCGAUGACAUUCAACAUCUCGUGGGGACCUAUACCAUGGCUAUACAUGAGCGAAAUCUUCCCAACUCGAGUCCGCGAAGGAGGCAUCGCCGUCGGUGCCGCAACUCAAUGGCUCUUUGGCUUCACGCUCUCUCAAAUCACGCCCGCAGCAGUCAACAAUCUCGGUUACAAAGCUUUUCUCAUGUUUUGCUGCUUCAACUGGGCUCUAGUGCUGUACACAUGGUUCUUCAUCAAAGAGACAAAGGGACUAUCUCUCGAAGAAAUGGAGAUAUUGUUCAACGCAAAACGCACCCCAAUUAGUAUCCUGGCGUAUCGCCAUGAUGAUAAAUCCUCGGACGACGACGUGUGA